AUGGAGGACCUCUUCGUGGAACUCUUCGGCCUCGAAUUUAACGAAUUGCCUAUGCUUUUACGUCCAGUGCUUCUGACUGCACCGCUCCUCAUACUGGUUGCCAAGUUGUUCUUCUACUUUCUUUUGCCUCUUGUCGUCGUUUUUUUCAUCCUGACCGGAGCCGCUGUACUGGUAACCGUUUUGACCCGGAAGAUUUGGGAAAGAUUCCUAAAAAAGGGUGGAAAUGAAACACGAAAGAAAAGUGACGAUAAAAACCGGACCUUGGCUGGUCUCCGUGACCUAGAGGCUGGCGGAGUCAAAUCUUGA